AAGUGUGGCAGGAGACUGGAAAGAAAUACAAAUGUUCUGGAAAUUAAACAGAGGUGUGUAGCAGUGAGGGAUGGGGAACUAGGAGUAGCCACUAGAAAGUCCAAGAUGCCAGAGAAGCAAGAGAUUCCCAGGACCCAAUGUGAAUGAUAUUAGCUGAAAUCCCAACAAAGUGGAGAUAGAACCUGUAGAGACCAUAUCUAGUGGAUAGGCACAAUCCCCGAUUGAGAGAUGGGGCCACCCACUCAUCUCAACAAUUUUAACCCAAAAUUGUUCCUGUCUAAAGGAAAUUCAGGGAUAAAGAAUCGAGUAGAGACUGAAGUAAAGGCCAUCCAGAGAUCUCCCACCUACCGAUCCAUCCUAUCUGCAGAAACCUAGACAUUAUAGCUGAUGCUAAGAAGUAUUUCCUGACAGGAGCUUGGUAUAGCUGUCCUCUAAGAGGCCCUGACAGAGCCUGACUUAUACAGAUGCAAAUACUCACAUCCAACCAUCAGACUGAGCCUGGGGACGCCAAUGGAAGAGUUAGGGGAAGGACUAAAGAAGCUGAAAGAGAUUGCAACAACAUAGAAAGAACAAUAUCAACUAACCUGACUGCUCAGAGCACCCAGGGACUAAACCAUUAACCAAAGAGUACACAUGGGGGGAACCAUGGCUCCAGCUACAUAUGUACAGAGGAUUGACUUAUCUGGCAACAAUGGGAAGAAAGGCACUUGUUCCUGUGGGCGGGUGGGGAAGCACCCUCAUAGAGGCAGGGCAAGUGGAGAGGGGAUGGUAGGUUUGAGAACCAGAAACCAGGAAGGGGACAACAUUUAAAAUGUAAAUAAAUAACCAAAACAAAGAGCAAAACAAAACUGUAACCCACAUUUUGGCAUUGUUCACACAGUUUUUUGGGGGUUUUGGUUUGUUUGGGUUUUGUGUGUGUGUGUGUGUGUGUGUGUGUGUGUGUGUGUGUGUGUGUGUGUGUGUGUGUUUGAUCACAUAUUUUCUUUUUGUAACAGUGAUUCACCAUAAGUUUCUAAUAUGGAUCUAAAAUCUGAGAACAAGACCUAUUUGACCUAGACCCUGCCUUUCUUCCAUACCUAUCUUCCUAUACACCACAAUAAAACUAUUGCUUAAACAAUACUUAAACAUUUGCCAGUUGCUUAGAGCCCUUAAGCAUGUACUUCCUUCUUUCUAGACAUGUCCAAGCACCUCUCUGAACAGCCUUUCUGAUCUUCCCAAGGUUCAUUGCUUCUGCCUCUGUAGUACUUCUUUCCAUCCUGCCACUUGUUGUAUGGUGUUGAUGUAUGACUGACUUUCUCCCUCUACACUUUUUGAGAGAGAAGUGUUCUUGACUUUUCCUCUUUCCUCAUAUUAACACCUACCUAAACUAGAGUAAUUCCUCAAAAAAUGAAUGAUUUAAUCAGCCUUUGUUAAUGUAAAAAUAGUAAAAGAAAAUAGUUAAGAACUAUAGUCAGUGUCUGAGGAGAUUCUCCGUUACUUAGAUAAUAUAAUAAAGUAGUUGGUUUUCGCCAUUAUUCUAUUCAAAUUAUGUAAAACUAUACAACAUACAGACAUGCUUUAUAGAAUUUAAUGGAGACAAAAAAUCAGGUAGUUUACCUAAGAAGUCUGAAUUUCAAAAAUUAAAUAAGUUAUAAAAUAUUUUAUCUCAACUUGAGGUUCUGAUCAUAAUAGUCUAUGAAAUUCUCUUAAAUUCAUGACUCAUUCAACAAUAAUCCUACUAACUACUCAAAUAGCCAGGAAUGCACAAUAAGUUUGGAAGACACCUUGCUACCAAACCUGGAGACCUAAGUUUCAAUGUCUGGAAUUCACAUGGUAGAAGGAGAGAACCCAAUUACAAAAAUGACUGUGAUGCACAGAUAUGCCAUGGCAUGAAUAUGCAUGUGUAUACACACACAAAUUCAUACAACAAUGUUUUUUUAAUUACUUGAGCAAAAGCCUGCAAAUCCUAUCAAACUUUAUUUGACCUCCCUUGGUUAUUUCAAUCUCUUUGUGCUUAUGUUAAUUUGGGAAGUCAGUGGAAAAGAGAAGUAUUUGACUAAACACCACCUCCUCCCCUUCUCCUCCUCCUCCUCCUCCUCUUUAUCCUCCUCUUCAUCUUCCUCUUCAUCCUCCUCUUCAUCCUCCUCCCCUCAUCCUCCUCCUGCUACUACUGCCACUGACAUCACCAAUACUACUGCUAUAAUGAUAAUCUGAACUAUUCUGAAUGAAAUAGUUCCAUUCGAAUCAAUAAAAGAGUCACACUGCAUCCAUAUGUUUAAUAUCUUAAUAUAUUUAUUGGUUUGGGGCUCUUAAUUUUUUAAUCCAAAUAUGUUGAUUAAAAAAUUUAGUAUUAAAAAUGGUACACUUAUUGGGUUCCUUCAAGCUCACAAGAAUACAUCUAGGGUCUGGAGAGAUGAUCAGUAGUUAAGAGCACUGACUGCUCUUCCAGAGAUCUUGAGCUCAAUUCUUAGCAAUAAUAUCAUGGCUCACAACCAUCUGUAAUGGGAUCUAAUGUCCUCCUUGUUCUGGUGUGACUGAAGAGAGCAACGGUGUAUUCAUAUACAUAAAAUGAAUGAAUCUUUAAAAGAAGACAUCUGGUUAAUCAAUAAUUAUUAAUAUUAUAUGUAAUGUUAAGGUAAUAUUUAAUUUUUAAAUCUUACUUGACACCGAUAUAUGCAGAAUACAAAAUUCUACUGCUGAAAUGAUCUUUUUCUCUGUAAACUCUUACCAUUGCUGCAGAACUUUAUUAUUAAAGCUUACGUUUUUGUUUUGUAGUAUUAGAAUACAAAGACCAAACAUUUUAACAGUAGUAAGACAAAUAUCAUUCACAGCAAUGUCUUUCCUGUUGCUUUUACUUAUUUUUUUAGGAUACUGAUCAAAUCUAUAAAUUUGAAUAAUUAACAUCAAGUUUCUGCAGUAGUAAUGUGUUGUAUGUAUCUUUUACUAUCCUGCCUAAGCUCCUAGAACAGGUCACACUACCAGCCCUGACCCAGCUUCCCUUGAACCCACAGAUAACACACACACAUACACACACACACACACACACACACACACACACACACACACACAGUUGUUCAAGUUCAAACUUGCCUUUUGACAAAAUUGCUGGGCAACAGACAUGGCUAGUAUACAUUUUGUAUAUUAGCAAAUUGAAUUUAUAGUAAGAGGUGAGUAAUUGGCCCAUGUUUCACAACUUAAAAAUUAAUAGAAUUACAAUCUAAACAAAGUGAUAUGUGUGUGAGUAAGUGUGUGUGUGUGUGUGUGUGUGUGUGUGUGUGUGUGUGUGUACACACAUGCUUGUGUUUUUGUUGUGAUUUUUUUCUCAAGGUAAAAUAGUUUAACUGAAUUUCUCUCCUGGUAAUACAGUUGAUUGAAUCAGGAUCUCACUCACACUAGACCCAUAGCAUAAGCAUCCUUGGUUGUUCUCCAUCCUAUGCAGUUCAGAUAUUGGCAUAUGGUACAUAUCAGAGUCUGUUGUGCCCUGUUUUUGAAGUACAUGGUGGACAAUUAAGGGCAAAAGUAAUAGCUUAUACUGUUUGGGAAGACUCUCUGUUAACAAUGACCAACAACUAAAAAGAGUUGCUUCUCAUGCCCAGUAUUGAGAUUUUGUUAUGGCUCUUGGAGGGAGUACUGUCAUCCCGCAUGAGAAAUUCCCAUUUAAACUGCAUAUGUAUAUUUGUAUACUAACUUAAAUGUAUUACAGAUAUUUUAGAUAGGUAAUUAAUAUGAUUUCUUAUGAUCUUUUUAUACAUCUGUAUCGCUAUUUUACCCUUCUCCCUCCAUCUUUUCUACGUAUCUUCACCCAUUACUAAUUAGAGCCUCUUUAUGCUUCCCCUUUUCCUGUUCAUUUCAUUUAUACCCUACUAUUGUCUCUGCUUUGCUUCCUUCACAAUGGUACUUUUUACUUUACUAGCUUCUAAAGUUACUCCGGGUUAUAUACUCAGAUCUGAAAAUUUAGAACUAGGAACCUCAGAUGAAGGAGAAAAUGUGAUAUAUUUCUUUCUGAGUAUGGGUUCCUUCACUCAAUACAAUCUCUUGUACAUGCAAAUUUUAUUUUUCUUUACCACUGAAAAGAAUACCAUCAUUAUGUGGACCACAUUUUGAUUAUGUAUUCAUCAGUAAAUGAAUAUGUAAGUUUUUCUCUUCUAUUUCCUAGCUACUGUGAAUAGAGAAGUAAUGAAUAUGGCUGACCAAGUAUCUGUGGAGUAGGAUGUCAAGUCCUUUGGAAAUAUGCCAAGGAGUAGUAAACCUGUGUCAUAUGGUUUACUUUUACCAUUUUAAAGAUUCUUCACACUGAUUUCUAGAAAGGGAGGCUGAACUAGUUUGCAAUCUCACCAGCAAUGAAUUGCAGGUUCCCUUUUGCUGACAACCCCUUCAGUAUAUGUUGGUCGUUUUUUCUGUUGUUAUUUUGAGUUGCCAUAAUCUUGGAUGGGGUAAGAGGAAAUCUACUUUUUUUCUAUGUGCAUUUCUCUGAAUGCUAGGGACAUAAAAUUUUUUGUAGUAUUUCUCAUCUAUUGUUUUCCUUCUUUUGAGAACUCUCUAUUUGGGUUUCAGGCCCAUUUUUGAAUGGGUUGUUAAUUUUUCUCUGCUUUUUAAGUAUUGUAUGUUUUCUGGAUAUUAAUUGUCUGUCAGAAGUUUAGAUAGUAUAGAUUCUUGCAUAGAUUCUCUCAUUCUGUGGGCUUCCUCUUCAGUUGAUUCUGGUUAAUUGAUUACUUUGCUGUGCUGAGUUUUAUAGAUGACCACUUGACAGCUGUUGACAUUAAUUCUUGGGCAAAUAGAUUCAUAUUCCUGUAGUCUCCGAACAUCCUCCUACAAAAGCAUUCCUACAUCUACCUAUGUUUUCUUUUAGCAGUUUCAGCAUUUCAGGGGUUUUCUUGUUUUGUUUGUUUUAAGAUUUAUUUAUUUUGUGUAUGAAUACACUGUCACUGUCUUCUAACAUUCCAGAAGAAGGCAUCCGAUCAAAUUUUGGUGAGCUACCAUGUGGUUGCUAGAAAUUUAACUCAGGGCCUCUGGAGGAGCAUUCAGUGUCAUUAACAGCUGAGCCCUCUCUCCCAUCCCUCAAUAUUUCAGGUUUUAUGUUUAGGUCUUUGACUCAUUUAGAGUUAUGUUUUGGGGUUUAUUUUUUGGUUUUGGUUUUGGUUUGGUUUGGUUUGAUUUGGUUUGGUUUUGUGAAAGCUGAUGGAUAUGUGUCAGUUUCAUUCUUCUCCAUGUCAACAUUCAGUUUUCACUGUACCAGUUUUCUCCAGUGAAUAUUUUUGACAUCUAUGUUGAAUAUAAAUGACUGAAAUUACAUACACUCAUCUUCAUGCUUUCAAUAUUAUUGCAUUGGUUUGCAUAUAUUUUUUAUGCCAGUGCAAUGUUUUUUUAUGGCUGAUGAUACACUUUGAAAUAUGAAUUGGUAAUCUUUCUAGCAUUGUUCUUUUAGCUCAGCAUUGUUUUGGGAUAUCUGUGGUAUUUUAUGUUUCCAUAUGACUUUUAGGUUAGUUUUUUUCCCACUAUUUUUAUGAAAAUGAGAUAAGGAUUUUAUUUCAGGUUGCAUUGAAUGUGUAAAUAGUGCUUGAUUAAAUGAUCAAACUCAAAAUUAAAUCUACCAAGUCAUGAGCAUGUCUUUCCAUUUUAUACUAUUCUCUAUCUUUAGACGUGUAAACUUCUCAUUGUAACAUUCUUUGACUGCCUUUGCUAUAUUUUCUUUGAUGUUGCUGUGAGUAGGAGCAUGGCCCUGAACUUUCUUUUUAUCUGUGUUGGUGGCAUACAGAAAAGCUGUUGAUUUGUACAAGUUGAUUUUAUAUCAUGCCGUAUUGGUGACUUUUAUUGUUUCUAGUAGUAAUUUGCUCGUAAAAUUUUUGGCAUCUCUUGUGUAAAAUAUCAUGUCAUCUGCAAACGGGAAUAUUUUUACUUCUUUUUUCCUAUUUGUAUCCUUUUAAUUUCUUUCUCUCGCUUUACUCCAUACUUCUAGAAUGAUAUUGAAAAAGACUGAAGAUAGUGAACAACUUUGUCUCAUUCCUGAUUUGGAUGGCAUUGCUUUAAGUUGUUCUCGAUUUAGUAUGAUGUUUGCUGUGCCUUUCUCAUAUAUAGCUUUUUUAUGUUAAUAUGUUUUCUCUCUAGUCCUAGUUUCUCAAAAUAUUUAAAAUGAGUUCAUGAUAGAUUUUGUCAUGGUUUUUUGCUCUAUUAUUGGUCAUCUCAAUAGAUGGACUUUUCCCCUUCAAAUCAUCUUAUCAGAUUUAUUACAUUUAUUGUCUUGCAUAUAUUGAACUUCCCUUGUUUUUCAAGGAUAAAUAAAGCCAUGUGGUCAUGGGGGAUAAUCUUUUUGAUGGAUAUCUGUAUUCUUUUUGCUUGAAUUUUUUGAAUCUAUAUUCAUCAUUGUUGUUGACCUGUAGAUUUCUUGUAGCUUUACCUUGUUUAAUAUUAGAGUGAUCUUUGCUUCAUUGAAGGACUUUAGGGAUGAGCCUUCUGUUCCUAUUUCUUUGACUAAUUUAAGAAUGAUUAGCCCUAGAUAAUUUUUUAAAAUUCUUGUUCAGUUCUACCGUGAUUCUAUCAGGCCCUGGAUAUAUUUUAGUUAGAAGACUUUGUAUCACUAUUUUAAUUUCCAGAUUUUUAUGGGUUAAUUGAGACUGUUGACUUCUUCUUGCUGUAAUUUUGGUUAUGCGACUGAAUCUUAAAAUUCAUCCAUUUUUUGAACUUGCAGUUAAAUGGAGUUCACAUUUUAAAGUAUCCCCUUAUUUUGAAUUGCUUUGGUUUCUGUUGCAAGGCUUCCCUAUUCAUUUCAGAUUCUAUUAGAGUCCUUUCUUUCUUUAAUUUGCUUGGUUAGGCCAAGGGUCUCUUAACCUUGUUUAUCUUCUCAAAGAACCAUCUAAUAGAUUUGUUGAUUCUUUUAUUGUUUUAAUAAAUAAUUAAAACAAUAAACAAUUGUUUAUAUUUGUUUAUUGUUUAUAUUGUUUUCUUUAUUAUUUCUCAUGAUUAACUACAUUAAGAUUUCACUUGCUUUGGUUGGUUUUUCCAAAAUUUUGAGUGAAAUUAUUAAUUCAUUUAUUUGUGCUCUGGUAUUUAAAUGUAGGACUUAGAAGUAUAAAUCUUCUUCAUGGGAUUAUUUUUUAUGUGUCUCAGAGAUUUUGCUCUUUACGUUUUAUUUUAUUUCAGGGAACUUAUUUUUUUUCUUUUCUUACUUCUCUCUUGAUUUCUUCUUUCUCCACUCAUUCAUAAUAAGUUAUUUAAUCUUCCUGAGUUUAUAUAUGAAUAUAUAUCUAUUUACUAGCAAAUUAAGUUUUACUGAAUUAUGGUCUGAUAGAAUACACCAAGGUAUUUCAUUCAUCAGUGAUUUUGUAAAUGUUUGUUUUAUAUUCCAGGGUAUAGUCUAUUUUAGAGAAAUUCAAUGUGCUGCUGAAUUGAAUUUUGUAUUCUUCAUUAUUUGGAUCAAAUAUUCUAGAGACAUCUGUUAAGUCCAUUCAUAUGAUGUCAUUUAAUUCUGAUGUUUCCCUAUCUAAUUUUUUUGUUCAGAUAACCUGUCUAUUGGAAAAAGUGGGAUACCAAAAUCACCUAAUAUUGAUCCACUAAUGUUACUCUGUGUCUUUAAGUCCAAUAGAAUCUUUUCUAUGAAAUUUGGCAUACGAUAUUUUGCUGCAUAUAUAAUUAGGACAUUACGGACUUCUUGAUUAACUGUUUAAUUAACUAGUUUACUUAAUUGUUUAAUUAAUUAACCUAAUUAGCAUGCAGUGUUUAUCUCCUUAGAUUAUUUCAGUUUGAAGUCUGUUUUGCUAGACAGAAGGGUACCAACACCUACUUGCAUCUUGUUCCCAUUUCAUUGGAAUAUAUUUUCCUACCUUUUCAGUCUAAGGUAAUGCCUUACUUUAAGAUAUUGUUUUUACAGACCACAGAUAAGUGGAUUUUGUUUCUUGGAGCCACAGAUAAGUAGAUUUUGUUUCUUGAUCCAUUCAGCCAAAACUGUGCUUUUGACUAGAGAAUUGAGGUCAUUAAUAGUUAAAGAUUUUAUUGAAGUAUUUGUGUGGUAGUCCUUAUGUUAUUGAUUGUUGAUGUUGUUAAGUUCUUAGUGGUACUCUGACUUUUAAUAAUAAUGGCUUUUUGUUUCCUCCUACAGUCUCAAGGCUAUGUUCAUUUCCUUUCUUCAACCUCAAAUAUCCUUUGAUUUAUUUACUUACUUACUUACUUAUUUAUUUAUUUAUUUAUUUAUUUAUUUUUACUUAUUCAUUUUAUAUCUUGCUUACUGGCCCCUCCUGGUCAGCCCCUCCCACAAUACUUCCCCCUAUCUUCCCUCCCCUGAGGGGUGGUAGAUAUUGAGAAAAAGCUUAGAGAGGUCAAACUAAGGCACCCUGAAGAGACAAUAGGAGCUUCACCUACUCCUGGUAUCAGGCCCCUGUCAUUUAGCCACAGCCCUCCAUAGAGAGAACUGUGACCAUCAGUCAUGUAGGAGCAGUACCCCUAAGUCCCUGCAUAUGUAGAUGAGGCAUUCCUAAGAUCUCAGAGCAAGUCAAUAGGCAGUACCUACUGACACACCACAACACACCUCAAAAAUGAAUAUAAGAUCUUAUCCAAAAGGAAUAAAGGUGUGUGAGAAUUACUCCAUACUCUGAGAUCAUCUGUCACAAGAACUGUAGCACUCCCUGGGAAAAAGAACUGCUCUGUCAAAGCUUUGACCAGCAAAACUGCCCUGCACUCUUCUUGCCAGAUAGCCAACCCCCAGCUCAACCCAGCUCAGUUCAGCACAUCCAGUGCAGCAUCUAGGAGCAACAGCAGCCGCUGAGGCAUCAGCACCAGAGCAGCAGCACCAGAGGUGGUAGCAGCAGCAGCUGAACCGGAGGCAAUUCCUCCUUCUGCUCAUGGCGUUUUCCCUUCACUUGAACCCUCCAACCUAGCCAGGUCAGAGAUCUCUGCAGAUAGUCACCAAUACACAGACUAGCAUCUGGCACCCAACGUAGGGCAUGAACCCACAACCCUGAGAUUAAGAGUCUCAUGUUCUACCGACUGAGCUAGCUGGCCUAUGAAUAUUGUCAUUGGCCAUACAUGGAGCUAUAUGAAGGAAUUCCUCCCAAAACAAGGAAGCUUGGUUUAUGGCUAUUUUUAUUCUGUAGGAUUUUCAUAGGGCACAUAUCUCUCUGGCCUGGGGGAUUUUUUAUGCGAUGACCAGUUGCCCAUGACAGAAAAGAAGAGAAACAUUUGUCUAAUGGGAACAUUCCCUUAGCCUAUUGGCUUUGGGGAACUCCACAUAGGUCCAAAACACUAAGCCUUCCUGCCGAUUUAAGAAUUGACAGCUGCCCUAUGGCUUUUAAAGUGGCUGCUGCAUUGCCAGGUUUUUGUUUUUGUUAUAAGGAGAAGUUAGAGAGUCUUUGACAACUCCCGUUGGGAUUAAGACAGGGUCCAGGGGGGACCUUCAUCAAACACCAGGGAGUAGCUCUAGCCAGGAGGCUUCAGUUGCCCCUUCAGCUUGUUCAAGUCCAUGCAAUGACAUCUAAUGAAAGCACAAGAGGAAAGGAUAGGUUGCUUGUCUCCAGAGUUAAGGGAGGGGCUCACCUUCCUAUAUUAUCUGUUCGUGUAGUUGCUAUGCUCAUAACCCACAUGAUCUCACAGUCCACUUCCAGGUUCCAUAUCUGAGGGAAAUGCACUCCCUGACUACACAGCCUCAACAGGACAUUCAUAACCUCUACUGAGCAAGUAGACUAAUUUCCUUUGUACACACUCAGAAAUAUAAAGGGACUUCAUGCCCGCUUAUCCCGCCUCCCCCUUGCUCCCUCGGGGCCAAAGAAUAAUAGAAAGAACACAUCAAACCCUAAAAGGCCAACUUCUAAAACAAAAGACAACCACCUAUGCCCCAAUAUACAAGGAAUGAUGGCUCUGACUACAUUAAACAUAUUUAGCAUCUACAAAGACUCCAAACACCCUGCUUUCUCGCUCCACUGGUACACAACAAUUCCCCAUCCUAGUAUGAUGGCAUGAUCGUUUGGAUGAAAUUUGGAAGGGACUAGACCCUUUCCUUAUAACAAGGAGGGGUUCCUUUGUGGUUUUCCACAGGACCAGCCUAAAUUUAUCGGGAUUCCUGUCAGAAAUAUCACCCCACCAAACAAGAAAAUGCCCCACCUCUCACUGUCAGAUCAAGGACAGAGGAAGAGGAAGAGGCAGAGAAAAGACCACAUCCAGAGUGACAGCAAGAUCUCCUAAAAGGACAUUCAUAGCCUGGUGAUUGCUGCCCAGGCCAUGAGACCUCACAAGCUCCCCUCUCUAAUCAUAUGGCUUUUUUUUUUUUUGGUCAUUUUUUCAUACUAACUCUGCUACUGGCCAGCCUCUCCAUAGCCUUCCCAACACUUACCACUGGAGAUUCUAUGCCAGGGAAACCUACAAUAGAUACCACAAAGUUAUAGGAACCCAAGAUUGCCCACUUAAAGGAUUUCAGACCAGGACUGAGAUCCCCUUACACGCCGAUUCCAUCUCCACUAUUGCCAGCCCUUUCCUCUGCUUUCCUUACUGAAACACAGGUGACUGUCUCCAGGAGGUCUUCACACAUGGAGGUUGCAGAUAUUGAACUGCAAAACGGAAUCCACCAGCCUUGGUAGCACCAUGCUCACCAACCUUGAAACUCAUUUUCAGCUCUUCAUAAGUGAUCCAUGAGAUAAAUGUUGGCGAACCGGAGUCAUGGAUAAACUUUACCCUAUCGGCUAUGCCAAAUAUCCCAUACCUGACCUGCAUGUCCCGUGAGCUUGUUCCCACCUACAAAUCAGUCUUUACCCAUGUUGAUAUUCUCCAGCAGGAAAAACAGUCUCAGAAGGAACUCCAAGUUACCCUCUCCUAGCAACAGUACAUCCAAUAAGCAGCUGACCUCCUUCCCUUAACCACCUAUCCCAUCUCCUCCCAAUGCCUUUUCUAUGCUUCUCUCUUCUGACCAUUAUUAGCUACUAUUCCCAUUAACAUUUCCCUUCAUGAACUCCAUGGACCCUUACUCACAAGGAAGCACAAGACAUUCCUCUCUUUGACCUACCCACCCCUGCUUCCUGUUGCUUUAGCUUGUAAAGCCCUCUGCAAAACCCCAUCUUACAUGUUCCUGUGACAUCACCAUCAUCAACUCAGUAGUUAGUAUGUGUUAACCCUCCUGCUCUCCUCUGUUGCAAAGGCACUACAGGUGCCUGUAUUAAGUCCCCCUUUCCAAGGCUCCUGCACUCCUCUGAUAAUUGUUCCCCAGGUUUAUCUCUAUGAACCUGAAGAAUUCACAUUGCAGAUGGGAGGAAGCAAAAUGAAAAGUGAGAUCUUCUUUCCUCUGCUCAUUGGAUGAGGCCUCACUGCUUCACUGGGUGUGAUGGGAACCACUGGAGCAGCCCUUGUCCAAACACAACAUCUGGCCAGCAACUUCCAGAACAAGCUUGACCAGGUAAUGGCCUCCACUACACAUGCCUUGAGUCUCUUCAAUGCCAGAUAACCUCCUUAGCAGGAGUUGUUCUCCAAAACCGAAGAGCCCUAGACUGCUGAGUACUGACUGCUGAACAGGGAGGCCAUUUCAUUUAACAUCUGGGCAUGUUAUACUCCCAACUCCCCAACUCUGUGGUACUCUCACCCCUUGGUAGCUUGGCGUCUUCUCCUCCAUGGUCUCAGGUUAGUCAUUGGAGCCUUGCUUCUUUUGGCACCUUGCCUCAUUCAAUUUGUAAAGCAGUAGAUGAGUAGCAUUGCAAAGAUCACCACCAAUCAGGUCUUGGUUCAAUACCAAACUGUUCACAACAUAAGAAAUGGUUACUUUGCUGACACCUCUACUUUAUUAAAAGAAAGUGGAAGUUGUGGGGCUGUGGAGCAUGAGAGGAAGCUUCAGAACGUCGAGGCCUGAAAUGCCAGGGACUCUAAAGGAGCUUUGUCUACUCCCGUCAUCAGGAUCCUGUCUUGUAACCACAACAAUUGUGACCAUCAGCCAUGUAGGAGAAGCAUCCCCCAAGCCCCUACAUAUGUAGAUGAGGUGUCUCUAACAUUUCAGACCAAUACAAUAGGAAGCACCUACUGUCAGAACACAACCCACACACCAAAACUGUAUAUAAGAUCCUAUCCAGAAGGAAUAAAGGUGUGUAAGAAUUACUCCACAAUCUGAGAGUAUCUGUCUGUCACAAGAGCUAAAACACUGCCUGGAAAGAGAACUUCUCUCCCAAAGCUUUCACCACCAGAAGCUCCCCUGUACUCCCCUUGCCAGCUAGCCAGGCCUCCUCAGGCUCAGCCCAGCUCAGUUCAGCACAACCAGUGCAGUGUCUCAGAAAAACAGGAGCAGCUGGUGCAGCUGCACUAGAACAGCAACAGCAAUGGUAGCAGGAGCAGCAGCAGAGGUGUAUGAGGCAAUUCCCCCUCUGUGCUCAUGCCCUUUCCCCUUCACUUGAGGCCUCCCACCUGGCCAGGCCAGACAUCUCUGCAGAUAGCCUCUAGUAUACAGAUUGCCACCCUACUUCUUCUCUGAGCAGGUGGGGAACCCCUGGCUAUCUCCCCCCACUUCAAGUCUCUGCCAGCCUAGGUUCUUCCUCUUCCGUUGACAAGACAGCCCAGCUAGAAGAACAUAUCCCACAUACAGGAAACAAGUUUUGAGAUAGCCCCUGAUCCAGUUGUUUGGGACCCACACGAAGACCAAGCUACAUAUCUACUACAUAUAUGUGGAAAAGUCUAGGUCCAUCCCAUGUAUGUUCUUUGGUUGAUGGUUCAGUCUCUGAGAGCCUCAAGGGUCCAGGUGUUGGUCCCCCUCUGGAGUCACUAUUCCCUUAGGGGCUGUGGGUAUCUGCAUCUGCCUGAGUUAGCUAAUGGGGUGAACCUCUCAGAGGACAGCCAUGUUAGACUCAUAACAGUAUCAUUAGUAGUGUCAGGGAUUAGUGCUUUUCUAUGGAAUGGGUCUCAAGUUGGGCCAGUUAUUUGUUGGUCAUUCCUUCAGUCUCUGUCCCAUUCACAAUCCCUGAGUUUCUUGUAGACAAGAUACAAUUUGGGUGAAAAGUUUUAGGGUGAGUUGGUGUCUCUAUGGCUCUACUGUAGUUCCUACUUAGUCACAGGAGGCAGCCUCCCCAGAUCCCACAACACAAAUGUUUUGAGUCACUGCUUAGGUUACCCUCAAUGUUUCUUGGUUGCCUCCCCUAUCCCAGGUCUCUGUCUCUUCUUAAAGAUGCUUUCCCCACCUUACCCCUCCCCCAGUAAAGUUGCAGAUUUCCAUUGAUUCACAUGGCCAUCCAAACAGCCCCCUACACCUCCCCACACCCAGGUCCCUAGCCCCCUACUCCCCUCCUGAUUCCCUCUCCCACUCAGUUCCCUCCCUCUAUCUGCCUUCAACAACCGUUCCAUUCCCCUUGCCAAGUAAGACUCAAGCAUCUUUGUUUGUGUCCUUCUUCCUGUCCAGUUUCCUUGGGUCUGUGGAGUAUGGCAUGGACAUCCUUUAUUUUAUGGUUAAUAUCCUUUUAUAAGUGAGUAUGUACCAUGAAUGUUCUUUUGAGACUGAAUUACCUCACUCAGGAUGAUAUUCUCAAAUUGUAUCCAUUUUUCUAUAAAAUUCAUGAUGUAAAUUACCUGUAAAAUUGCUUUUUCAUAGCUAAAUAGUAUUCCAUUUUGGAGAUGUACUUCAUUUUCUCUAUCCAUUCUUUAGUUGAAGGACAUCUAGUUUAUGUCUGAAUAUUACUAAUAUGUCUGAAUAUUACUAAUAAAGCUGCUAUGGACAUAAUUGAGCAAGUGUUUUUGUGAGAUGGUGGAGCAUCUUUUAUGUAUAUACCCAAAGUGGUAUGCUAGGGUCUUGAGGUAGAACUAUUUCUCAGUUUUCUGAGAAACCACUAAAUCGAGUUCUAAAAUGGCUGUACAAGAUUGUAAUCCCACCAGCAAUGGAGGAGUGUUCCCCUUGUUCUACAUCCUUGCCAUCACUUGAGUAUCUUAGCCAUUCUGAUGGGUACAAUCUCAAAGUUGUUUUGAUUUGCCUUUCCCUGAUGAGUAAGGACUUUAAACAUUUCUCUAAGUGCUUCUCUGCUUUUUGAGAUUCCUCUUUGAGAAUUCUCUGUUUAGGUCUUUGCCCCAUUUUUUUUUAGAUUGGGUAAUUUGAGUUGUUUGUGUACAACUUCUUGAGUUCUUUAUAAAUGUUGUAUAUUAGCCCUCUGCUAGAUGUUGGGUUAGUGAAAAUUGUUUCCCAUUCUUAACACUGCCAUUUUGUCUUAUUGGCAGUAUCUUUUGCCUUACAGAAGCUUUGUAGUUUCAUGAGGCCCAAUUAAUCAAUUGCUGUUCUUAGAGUCUGAGCCAUUGGUGUUCUGUUCAGGAAAUUGUCUCCUGUACAAAUGCAUUCAAGGCUAUGUCCCACUUUUUCUCCUAUGAGAUUUAAUGUAUCCAGUUUUAUGUUGAGGUCCUUGAUCCACUUGGAUUUGAGUUUUGUGCAGGGUGAAAAAUAUUGAUCUAUUUGUUUCUACAUGGAGCCAUCCAGUUAGAGCAGCACUAUUUGUUGAAGAUGCUUCCUUUUUUCCAUUGUAUGGUUUUGGAAUCUUUAUUAGUAAAUCAAGUACCCAUAGGUGAGUGGCUUUAUUUCUGGGUCUUCAACUUGAUUCCAUUUUCUUUUCACUUCUGAUUUUCUUUGGAUAGUGUCUCUCUGUCUUUUGGUUAGUUAGGCUAUGAGUUUGUCUAUCAUGUAGAUUUUCUCAAAUAAAACAAACAAACAAAAAACCAAAAAACAAAAAUUAGCUCUUGUAUUUGUUGAUUAUUUGAGUUGUUUUCUUUGUUUCUAACUGAUUGAUUUCAGCCCUUAUAAUGACUUUCUGUCUUCUACUCCUCUUUGGAUUGUUUGCUCCUUUCUUUCUAGAGCAUUCAAUUGCUAGUAUGAGAACUUUCUAAUUUCUUUAUGGAGGUACUUAGUGCUAUGAACUUUCCUCUUAGCACUGCUGUCACUGUGUCCCAUAAAUUGGUGUAUGUUGUGCUUCAUUUUCAUUAAAUUCUGAAAGUAUUUAUUUAUAUCUUCCCUGACACAGAGUAUCACUGAGUAGAGAGUUGUUCAAUUUCCAUGACUACGUAGGCCUUCUGGUUUUCUCCUGUUGUUGAAGUCCAGCUUUAAAUACAUGGUGGUCUGAUAAGAUACAAGGAAUGAUUUCAGAUUUCUUGUAUCUGUUGAGUCUUACUUUGUGACUGACUAAAUGGUGAAUUUUUAAGAAGGGUUCAUGAGGUAUUGAAAGAAAGAUAUAUUCCUUUGUUCUUGAGUGAAAUACUCUAUAGAUGCCUAUUAGAUCCAUUUCAUUCACAAUAUCUGUUAGUUUUAUGAUUUCUCUAUUUAGUUUUUGUGUGGGUGACCUGAAGAUUGGUAAGAAUGGAGUGUUCAAAUAUUGAACUAUGAAUGUGUGGGGUUUGAUGUGUGUUAAUCUUUAGCAAUGUUUCUUUUACAAAUGUGGAUGCCAUUGUGUUUGGGGCAUAGAUGUUCAGAAUUGAGAUGUCAUCUUGAUAGAUUUUUUCCUUUGAUGAGUAAGAAGUUUCUCUUUUGAUUAAUUUUGCUUGAAAGUCUGUUUUAUUAGAUAUUAGAAUGGCUACUCCAGCUUGCUUCUUGGGUCUGUUUGCUUGGAAAACUAUGUUCCAGCCCAUUAUUCUGAGGUAAUAUCUAUCUUUCUUGCUGAGGUGUGAUUGUUGCAUGCAGCAGAAGGAUGUACCCUGAUUUACCACAUUCUGUUAGCCUGUGUCUUUUUAUUGGGAAAUUGAGUCCAUUUUCAUUAAUAGAUAUUAAUGACCAGCGAUUUUUAUUUCUUUUUAUUCUGAUGUUGGUGGUGUUAUUGUUUGUUUGAGUUUGUGUGUGUGUGUGUGUGUGUGUGUAUGUGUGUGUGUGUUGUGUGUGUAUGUACAUAUGUAUGUGUCUGUGCUCUUCCCUUGCAUUUACUGGUACGGAAUUAUUUCCUAUGUUUUCUUGGAUAUAGUUAUCAUCCGUGGGUUGGGGUUUUUCUUUUAGUAUUUUCUAUAGAGCUAUAUUUGUGGAUAGAUAUAGUUUGAAUUUGGAUUUUUCUUGAAAUAUCUUAUUUUCUCCAUCUAUGGUGAUUGAGAGUUUUGCUGGGUACAGUAUUCUAGGAUGGCAUCUGUGGGGUUUUUUUGUUUGUUUGUUUUGUUUUGUUUUGUUUUAGCAGUUGCAAGAUAUCUCUGUCCAGGCCCUUCUAGGUUUUAGAGUCUGUUGAGAAGUCAUGUGUAAUGCUGAUAAGGCUGCCUUUGUAUGUCUUUUUCCCCUUGCUACAUUUAAUAUUUUUUCUUUGUUCUGUAGAUUGUGUGUUUUGAGUAUUAUCUGGUGAGAGGAUUUUCUUUUCUGAUCUAGUCUAAUUUGUGUUCUUUAAGCUUCUUGUAUGUUUAUAGGUAUCUCUCACUUGAGAUUGGGAAAGUUUUCCUUUAUGAUUUUGUUGAGAAUUUUUUUCUGGGCCUUGAAACUGAAACUCUUCACCUUCUUCUAUCACUAUUAUUCUUAUGUAAGGUCUUCUGAUGGUAUCCCAGAUUUUAUGGAUGUUUUCUGUCAGGAAUAUUUUAGAUUUAACAUUUUCUUUGGCUGAUGGACUGAUGUAAGCAUUUCUUCUAUUGUAUCUUCAGUACCUGAUAUUCUCUCUUCUAUCUCCUGUAUUCUGUUGGUGAUGCUUGCAUUUGUUGUUUCUCAUCUUUUCCAUAAGUUUUUCAUCUCCAGUAUUCCCUCAGUUUGUGUUUUCUUUAUUGCUUCUAUUUCCACUUUCAGGUCUUACAAAGUUUUAUGUAUUUUCUUCAUCUGUCUUAUUGUAUUUUUCUGUACAUCUUUAAGGGAUUUCUUUCUUUCCUUUUUAAAGACCACUACCUAUUCGAUUGUAUUUUUCUGUAUUUCUUUAAAGAAUUUCUUCAUUUCAUCUUGAAAAGCUUCUACUAUCUUUAUAAGAUUUGAUUUAAAGUCAUUUUUGUGUGCUUCAGUUGUGUUAGAAUAUCCAGCGAUUGCUGUACAAGGGCAGCUGUGCUCUGAAGGUGUUAUUUUGUUCUGCCUUUUGUUGAUUGCCUUUUCACAAGGACCUUUAGUCAUCUGGAUGGCUUUGGUCCCUGGAUGUUCCUGUUGUAGUAGGUGUUGGGAGGGGGGUUAACGUCAAUCGUCCUGAUUUGGCAGACGUCUAAUGUUUAUCCUAAGGUUGUAUGGUUCUGGAUCUGCAGGUCUGUACGGUUCAGAAGCUGCAGAUCCGAUGAAGGUAAGCAGAGAGGUGUGAGAUUGGAUGUCUGCCUGGGAUAGAGGGCUGCUCAGAGUAGCUUGCCAUGACCAGAGGACUCAGCAAGUAGGGAAAGAUGAGUGGAGGAAGGGGUAAACACCUUGUAUGGAUCAGGUUUAACAGGUCUAAUGAAGGUGGGAGAAGAAGUGGGGCAAGAAUGGAUAUCCUUGCUCUCCAGCCGGCCAUCCCUAACGGAGGUACCUGUUCCUAGUGGCACAGCUCCUGGUGGCGCAAGCACGUGCUCCCGGGCAGCGCAGAAAGCAGGAGGAGGAAGAGCAGAGCAGGUCUGAGGACCAGAAGCUUCGCGGCACACCUGGUGGUGAGCAUCACUAGGAAGAGGAGAAGGCAAAGAUAGGCCCAGGAGCAAUGGAGUCCAAAGAUCAAGGAGCAAAGAAUCUCAAUGUGGAAAAUGACCAUCAGAAAAAGGAGGAAAAGGAAGAAAAGCCGCAAGAUACCAUCAAAAGGGAGCCAUCUGUGGCCCCCACUUUUGAGGCUGGCAAAAAUUGUGCACCUAGAGGAGGUCACAGGCAGUUCCGCGUUAGGCAGCCCAUUGCCCACUGUAGAUGGGACCUGAUGCACAGGGUUGGAGACCCCCAGGCCAGGAUGAAAGAGGAGAAUGUACAAAGGUUUGGGGAGGAUAUGAGACACCUCAUGGGCAAGUUGAGGGAAAGGCAGCUGCGGGAGAUAAGCACUGACCUGAUAAGCAUGGACCCUCACUAUGACCACCAUGAUGAAUUUUGCCUUAUUCCCUGAGUCCUGAGGUUGUCUCUGAAGAUGCUAUGGGGACCUCUGAUUUGUGAUGUACUGUUGUACAAGUUUUGAGGUUGCUCCUUUUGUUUAGAUCUCGUCUUGUUACCAGCUUGUGUGAAACUUGUGUUUUUUUACUCUUUUGUUAUCAGUUAAUUCUUUUGUUAUCAGUUGCAUGGGAAGGUCCAUAUGACAUAUUGUGAACCUAAUAAAGCAGAUUGAAAAGGCAAAAAAAAAAAUGGAUAUCCUUCCUGGGAUAGCAGGUUGCUCAUACAACUCAUACAAUUUUUCUUGAUUUAUUUUCUUUUAGUUUGGUUUGGAAAUAUUUUUAGGCUAUUUUUAUCAUGGAAAGUUGUUUGAUCAUUUGUUUGUUUUUUUUUCCUUCCUUCAACAUGGCAGAUAGUUUUGCUGGAUUUAUCAGUCUAGUUGGUCUUUUAGGAGCUGGAAUGCUCCAGGCUCUUCUAGAUUACAGUUUUCAUUGAGAAAACUAGUCAGCCAAUCAGCUGUUAUUCUGAAGGGUUUACUUUUGUUUGUGAUUUUUUUCCUUUUCAUAUUUCAAUACACUUUAUACUUAGAGUUUUAACUAUUGUUUGUCAUGCAUAUUUUUAUGGCAUUUUCUAUUUUCUGUGUUAUUAUUAUUCUAUCUGUAUGAGCCUUUCUUUCCCGAGUUUGGGGACGUUUUCUUCUAUAGUCUUAUUGAAGGUCUGUUCCAUGUCAUAGACUUAGGAUUGUUCUCCUACAACUAUUCCUAUAAGUCUAAGGUUUGGUCUUCUUAUGGUGUACAACAAUUCUUAUAUAUUUCUUUCCUAUUUUUUCCACUUUCUUUACUUAUUUCAUCUAGAUCCCCUAUUGUAUCUUCCAGAAUAUUGUAUCUAUAUUCUAUAUUCUGGAUUCAUUUACUACUUAUAAGACUUUCCUUUGUGUUCCAUAGUUGGGUUAGAUUUUUCAGUUCCAUCUUAGCAGCUUAAGUGCUCUUCAAUGUUCUAUCUCUUUAUUGAGUUCCUUUUUGAAAUCUUGGAUUGUUUUAGUCAUUUGGCCAUCCACGUGUUUGUAUUUUCUUGGGCAUCACACCAUUUCUCUUUAAGUCUUUAUUACCUUUAAGUUGACUGAGCUGUUUUUAUAUGGCUUCUCUAAACUUAAUUAUUUAGUAAAGUUUACAAUUUUUCAUUUAAAUUCUAUUUCCUGAGGUCCAUCUGGAAUUCUCAUUGGCAAACACUUCUAGUGGACUGGAAUUUUUUUUUUGUUUUUUGUUUUUGUUUUUUUUGUUUUUGUUUUUGUUUUUGUUUCAAGGGUGCACACACAAUCCAGCCUUUUGAAUAUAAAUGAAUUGAUGAUGAUUCAUUAGAACUUUUGACAAGCUUACAGAUAUAGGAGAUAAAAAUAAAACAGUCUGUUGGGGCUGGAGAGAUGGUUCAGUGGUUAAGAGCACUGACUGCUCUUCCAGAGGUCCUGGGUUCAAUUCUCAGCAACCACAUGGUAGCUCUCAACCAUCUAUAAUGGGAUCCGAUGCCUUCUUCUGGUGUGUCUGAAAAUAGCUACAGUGUACUCAUAUAAAUAAAAUAGAUCUUUAAGACAAACAAAACAAACUAACAACAAAAAAAAACAACAACAAAAACAAUCUGUCAGGGAUGAAGUUCCUGGCAAAACUCCAUGAAGUGAGAUGAGAACCUAAAGAGUUAAUCCUUACAAAUAAGGAAAAUUGAAGGAAAUCGAUGUAUCCCCCAAAUUUUAAAAAUAAAAGUCAAAUAACAGAUUGUUCAAAGCCACAUGAGGUCAAAAAUGCAAAUAUAUCCUGAUAAUAUGAACAAGUGAAGCAGCACUAUUCUAGUAGUUUUCAGAAUAUAUGGAAUUAAAAUACAUGCUAAUAGUUAUCUGUGACUUUGGAGGGAGUUAACAUAAUUAAAAUUGCUUACAUUUUUGGAUUUCCAUAAUGAUUAUAUCAUCCAAGUGAAUUACAAAAAAUUCUCAAAGUUACAGGGUACAUAGUCAAAGUAAUUUUUACUGCAACUAUAAUAUAAUUUUAAUUUUUUUCAAAUUUGUAGAAUGAAAACAGAAAUCACCAAAUUAAUAAAUUUACAACAAUACAGGAAAACACAAGAUAGAAGCAGAAAAUAUGCUGAAAUAAUAUGAACAUAACAAGAACAAAAAUAAUUUCAUUAGUUAAAAACAAUAAACAAAAUGAACCAAAUGCUACAGAAAAGGAAACAUAUUCAGAAAAUAAAAUAAAAUUUCAAUGUAUGCUAUUAAAAGGAAACAGAGGGGUAGAAAGGACUAAAAGUUUAAAGAUGAAAACCUAUAUACACUAAUCAGAGCAGUAUUACCAUAUUAAUCGAUAUUUUACAAAACAGAAAGUGGCAUAUAUGACACAGUACAUAAUCUUUCACUCUCUUAGUCAGGGUUACUAUGUAAGGGUUUGAAAUUCACUGAAGGAAGACCCCAGACACAGAUAGUAUGAAAAAAGAAAGGACAUCUUUUCUGCAGAAUUAACUAGCAUGCUAGGGUCACCAUCAUUUCAGAAUGGCAACACAAACAAGCCCCUUUUAUAACAGAACUGCUAAUAUCUUCUGAGAUAACAACAGACUUCUAAAACCUAGGACACACUCCAAGGGGUUAUAAAAACCAGAAACCAAAGGUCAUAAAGAAGACAUAUUCCACAGAUGCAAAAACAGGAGAUAAUAACUGGGUUUAUCUAUACAAAACUUCAACAACAGCUUGGUUAUGGUCUUUAAUUUUCCAUGAACCUGUAAGCUAAUAACAAAUGACGGAUAUCUAGCCAGAUAAUUACUUCUUGUGGAUAUACAUGUAGACAUUCUCUGUUAUAAACCUCUUAUUCAAUUUAUGACCUGAAUUUAUGUGCUAACUCGUAGUGAACUUUUUACCAUGUGAACACAUACUCUGAAAGUGCUAAGAACAAAGAACAGAGACAAGCAUCUCUCCCUUUCUCUCCAGAGACAUAGAGAAGUGCAAUCCAUGCCAAAAUAGAACAUAGGCAGCUUUACCUAGCCUUGUGAUGUUUUUUACUAUGAGGUGCUAAACCAGAGAUUGCAGCUUCUCCCCUCAGAGCAACCCAGACAGGCUGAUCAGCUGUGGAAGCAAAAUACCUAACAUUAGGAUGGAUAGCAAAUGGCUUAUUGCCAAGUAUCUGAGUGGAGACAAAAUGGAAUAAAAAAAAGGACUCUUUAAUUAUUGCUGUGAUGCUAUAACCAAAGCAAUUUGGGGAGGAAAGUGUUUAUUUUGUUUAUUUGGCUUAAGAUUUCACAUCAGCAUUCAUUAUCAUAGAAAUCAUGAUAAAAAUUCAAAAGGGCAGGAACCUAGGCCCAAAAGCUGAUGCAGAGGCCAUGGAGUAGUACUGUUGCUUACUGUCUUGUUUGCUUCCUUUGGCUUGUUCCACUUGUUUAAUUAUAGAGCCCAGAACUAUCAGCCUGUGAACAGUACCAAUUAGAAUAGGGAUAGUACCUCCCCCAUUGAUUACUAAAUAAGAAAAAGCCCUCAGAGGCAACCUUAUAGCUGAAAAGCUGAUCUGGAUUUUGUUAUCUUUGUUGUGUAUGGGGUUUUUCUAUUUGGAGUGGGAGUGAGAGUAGGGGUUGAAACAGGAAUAUAUAUAUAUAUAUAUAUAUAUAUAUAUAUAUAUAUAUAUAUAUAUAUAUAUAUAUAUA